AUGAUAUUAUUAGUAGCAUUUUGGUUCGUUAACAAAAUAAUCGCCAUGGAUAUGCCACAUCAUGAGUUGGCGCAUACAGGUAGCAGUGCACUUUCUAUAUCCACUAUCACACCAAUCCCCCAUGAGCCAAUGCACAUGCAUGAUCUUCCAAUUUUGGAACAUCCUGAUUUGUCGCCUGGUGAGAGACUGUAUUGGGAAAAUUACAGUACUACGACUUAUUUCACGACUAGUAUGGGAAAUCGGUUUGCAUUCAACUAUCACGUUACCACCAUAGGGUUGAUUCUACUAUUUCUUUACCCAAUUUCUUUAGUACUCUAUGACGUUUCGCCGCAAUGGUACUUCCCAUUUUUAACGCUGAAUCUCUUGGUGACUCUCUCAUCACUUUUAGCUUUGUCGGUUUUUGCUAUUUCUUUUCCUGAGGACUGGUAUCCAAACAAUAUUCAUGGCAAAACAUCUUAUAUUUUGUUCUUUCUUAUAUUAUUACACUAUGUUUCUUACGUAAUUUCCAGAUUAUCAGCAUUUAUUAAAGAGGAAAAUGAUAAUUCUGAAAAUAACGACAAUUCCAAAUUCCAUUUUGAUUUCGAUACGUGCGAUAUUCCAUUGCAAAAUUUUAAUGAAUAUGAAAAUAUUGAUAUUCCCUUUGAAGGCCCCCAAGGCCAACAGAGUCGAUACUCAAAACCUCCUGAGCUGGGCUCUAUUGACGAUUUAGAAAAUCGAGCGGAGCCAGAUCACAACAACGAUGACUAUAACGGAGGCAGGUCACCUCUUCUACCACAUUUUUUACUACAUAAUAAAGGGGUUCGAACUUCCAGAUUUCGAAAAAUGUUCCUGAAGAUGGGUGAAGCUUCAACAAUAGUAUUCCAAAUUAUAAAUGUUCCUCUUCUGUUGUAUUUAUUUACCUACACAUGUAUUGGGCUGGCAGUCGGUAAUUUAUUAGGUCAGGGAGCUAGGGUGUUUAAUCUACUGGCACAUUGGAUAAAAGGAGGAGUCUUCCUCUUUUUAGGAGUUCUUGCAUUAUCAAGAUAUUGUGGGUUAGGUUCAAAGUAUGGCUGGGCAUGGAACAGGAUAACACUAACGUAUCAAAAUUUACGCACCAUUAACCGAGAAUCUAGAACUGUAUUUCCCAAGCUUUUUCUCAAACUGACGCCUAAAGGUACAAUUACUAUGGAGGGUUUUGAAUCUUUUUUGAUAUUUUUCUAUGGUACCACAAAUGUUUUCUUGGAGCAUCUUGCUGGAGCUGGCGGCGCUUGGACUGCAAAAGAUUUGCAGCAUGUAUCAAUUGCAUUUGUGUAUAUUGGUACAGGUUUGUGCGGAUUAUUGACUGAGAUAAGACUGAAUAAAUGGCGGUAUGAGAGGGCCAUUCAACAUGAAGAUAAAAUUCCCGCUGAAGAAAUAUAUGCUGCUUCGCCAGGGUUUUCACCAAAUCCGUUCCCAACGUUAACAAUAUUUUGGACGGGGAUAUUAAUGUCUCAGCAUGCUCAAAAUUCAGAGACCUCUACCAUGAUUCAUAUGCAAUGGGGUUAUUUGUUAUCAUAUGGUUCUCUUUUCAGGCUGUUGACCUUUAUAAUACUUUUUCUUGUUCCUAAUCACGACACAUUCCCAUCAAAGCCUUUUACCGAGUUAAUCACGUCAUUUUGCUUAAUAUGUGGAGGGUUGGUCUUCAUGGAAUCCACAGAUCAAGUGAUAGAAGGUUUAGAAUACAGAGGUUUCACCCCAAUGUUUACAUUCAACAUCAUAGUUGGCUUAUCCGGGAUACUCAUGGGCUGGAUUAUGAUAUUGUACUUUUGUAAAGAUUACUUGAAAGAAAAAAAGCGCUCAUGGGCUGAUUAA